AUGGAGGAUAUCUGUAAACGACUUGAUAGCGUGCUCAUAGAGUAUUUUGACUUGAUAGCAGAAUACCAAGAGCAAUGGAGUAGAAUACGUAAAGAGCUGGAAGCAGGGUUUCUAGACUUGGCCCACGCAAAGUAUACUAUGGGUCCUGUUAAUAUUUCACAAUAUAAAUAUGAUGCACGAAUGAAAGCUAUCAGUAGAGUUGUCGUGUCUCAAACGAUAGUCGACGACUCUGAAGGAACCUUACAUUAUGAAUACAGUCUGGCGAACCAUUCACAUAGUCAACAUGUUGGUGGAGUUAGAAUUGAGUCUGAAGCAGAGGAUCGCAAUGAAACAAACUCGAUCCGUAGACGUAUAACGUUCGCCGUUGAAACAGAUGACGAAGUAAAGGGUGGAGGACAAGGUGGCGAUGAACAUAGCAUGGAGAAGACCCACGAAGACGAGAAUGAGAGCGAUAAAGACAAGAGCGAGAAUGCCAGCGUUAAGUCGACGGUAGAUAAAUGCGUACCCACCGAUCCGUUAAAUUGGUUCGGGAUCCUGGUUCCAGUAUCGUUGCGACAGGCUCAGGGGCAUUUUAAACGAGGUCUAAACGAUGUUAUAAUGCUCAUAAAUUUGCGGCAUCGAAUCUAUGAUAAAGAGACUCAAUACAGGAGUAUAAAGGCAGAGAAAGAAAGGCUUUUACAGGAUUUAGGUUUACAGGUGUACAAAGACGAAGAUGAUAACAAAACUAAUGACAAUAAAUUGCUUAGCAGUAGCAAAGAAAACACAUCAUGA